AUGGGCUCGAAGAAGCGGGGCCCACAGGCCCGCGCGAAGGCGGCGUCCGCGCGGAAAGGCAAGGGACGCGGCGCCGCCGAGCGAGAGCAGUCGACUUCUGACGAUGAGCGCUGGCAGCAGGCUGGCAGCGAGGAGGACGAGAGAGGGGAAGGAGAGAGCGCGGGAGGCAAGAUGAGCAUCACGCCGUCGUCGUGCGCGUCGUCGUCUUCUUUCGCCUCGCACUUGGAGGCGUACGGGCUCGAGCUGCACCGGAUCGUGCCUGACGGCAACUGUCUCUUUCGAGCCUUCGCGGAUCAGCACUGCGGCCAGCAGGAGCGGCACCGCGACUACCGCGAGAAGGCCGUCGCGUACAUAGAGGCCCGUGCCGACGACUUCAGGUGCUUUCUCUCCGAGGAGGAAGAGAGCUUCAAAAAGUACCUCAGCCGCAUGCGCCGCCCGGGCACCUGGGGCAGUCAGAUGGAGCUCCAGGCGCUCAGCCAAGUAUACAAGGUGAACCUGUUCAUCCACGUCUCCUCCGCGCCCGUCGACGAGGACGACGCGAGGCCCUGGAGCGCAGGCCAAGCCGGGGGAAAGUGGGGCGCCGCCGCGAAGACUGCGCGCGGCGAGAAAGGUGGCGGAGGCAGCAAGCUCAGGAAGGGCAAGAAGAAGCACAGAGAAGCCGAGGCGGAGGAGGACGACAGAGACCCCGCCGCGCCCGCCAAAGAGCAAGGGUGGAACAUCUGCAAAAUGGACAACUUCUCCGAAAAACAUCCCUGUCUGCAACUCGCCUUCCACGUCCAUCACGAGCACUACAACUCUGUCCGCAUGCAAGGUCGCGCCGCAGGCGACAUGCUCACGCUCGCGCAGGUGCGGCAGAUCUUCGGGCUCAAGGAGCGACGCCACGAGGGCGACGUGUUUGACGAGGACGCCGACCGGAAGCGAGCGUUCACUACGGACGCAGACGAGCCCGGCGAGCCCCCGCGAAUCGAGACUGCAAAGGAGAAGAAGCGCAGGCAGAAAGAGGAGCGGCGGAAGAAGAAAGAGCUUGCCAAGGCGAAGGCGAAGGAGGCGCGUCGCUCCGAGAUCGCCGGCGAAAUCAAGGGAGAAAACGAAGACGACGCGGGCAAACUCUCGCAGGAAUCAGACGAAGAACACGCGAACUCCCAAAAGAAGCCGGCUGCCAGCCAGGACGAAAAGGGCGCGGACAACAGCGAAGGAGAGAGACAAGCAGCACAAGAGAGAGAGAAAGUGGAAGAGAGGGAGGGGGAAGUUGGAGACCGGGAUCACCAGCCCGACGAGGGCGAUCAAGAGAAGGAACAGGGGCCGGGGGGGCGGCGGGAGGGCGAGGAGAUAGGCGCUCCCGGCGGCGAGGCACACGAGCCUGAGGCAGCAGACACACAUGCCCAGGAAGAGGCCGGAGAAGAGACUCUCGACUCCGUCGGUAGGCAGACUGAAGGCGAAGGAGCUGAGAGGCAUGAGCCGCAGACAGCGUGGACGUCCCCGCCCUCUUCGGCAUCCCCUUUUGUGUCGUCUCGCGCGGCAGCGGGAGGUCUGCGGGUCUUGCGCGAUGCGUCCCGGUUCGCGGAGUCUCUCGCCAACGUCCCUCGGUCGCUCGGGCGACCAGGGCCUGAUGGGGCGUCCCCUGCGUCUCCCUGCCCUUCUUCUGUAGCAGCUCCUUCCGCGCGACCUUCCUGCGCUGCGGCUCAGAGCUGGCCUGUCGCGGACGAGGCGGAGAGCGGAGAGAAGACAGAGAGGGAGGCGAAGGAGCCAGCGAUGGGGGAGCGAGCCCAGUUGGGCGCGCCGAGCGACGACGGCAGCAGCCAGGGCGCCUGUCCGAGCGCGUGCGCGCCGAGACAUGCGCACGCAGACGAAGAUCCGGAAAACCCCCGGACGGCGAGCAAGCCACAGCUGUCGCCGACGAUUCAUUCUUCUUCAGGCUCGCCUUCUGCACCUUUCGCGGCUUCUGCGCAACUCUCCGGCUCAACGGUUUCCUCUCCUUCUUCUCAGGCCUCUCCCUGCGUGGGUGGCUCUUUGCCGAGCGCCGACGUAAACGAAAAGCGAAGGCAGGGAGACGUCGAGGGAGACUCGUUCACCUCUGUGCCUGUCUGCGACUUCGUCACAGUCAGCGACCGGCUCGUAGUUGUAACGGGGACGAGGCCGCGCGGGAUGGCACAUUGUGCCUCCACAGGCCUCCUCGGCGCCUGCGGCUCCGCCGGCCGCUAUUCCGCUUCCGCAGAUGAACAGAGCGAGGAUCCAAAUUCCGCAUUUUACACGCAGAGUUCGCUCCCGAUGCUGUUUGGCAUGAGAAAAACACCGCAGCCAACUGUUCGCAGGCGCCGUUUUAGAGGCGCGCGUGCGAGAGCAGGGUGGCCGCCAGUCAGCCUGUCAACGCUGCGAUGGCGGUCGCCCGCUUCUGCCUCGGCGUCCGGUUUCCUCGGCUCUCUCGCCUCACCAGGCUCUUCAGGCACCCCCGCCGGCGCGCCGCGGAGAGUCUUCACGUUGUUAACCCCAGCUGAGAAGCAGAAAAGCCAAGGGAGGCGGCCCCGGGAAAGCGCAGAACUGAGGCCGAGUGAGCCCGGGCGGCAGAGCGCACGGAGGGGAAAAGAGGGGGGAGGCGGGGUAGCGGAAGGGGGGGCUGGAGUCAGGGAGGCGAGUGCACGGAAGGAAGCCAAGCCAGAGGCAGCUGCGAUGGAGCCCAAGGACGAGGAGACCUCGGCGGUCGCCAAGAAGGAGAGUGCCCCGCCUCUCCAGCGCGACAAGGCCCCCGAGCAUACGGAUUCCGAAGAAGAGAGAAGGGGAUGGAAGGAGGACGACGCGAAGGCGAGUGUGCGCCUGUCUUCGCAUUCCUCUCGCUCGUCUGUCACCGCUUCUCGGCCUUCUCCUCCAUCGAGCCGCCUCCUCGCUCAUGCCUCCGCUGUCGGAUCCGCUUCGCCCUCAGCCUCUGGGGCGUCUGCGCUUCUUGUGUGUUCUGCGUCUUCCGCCUCCUCUUCGGCUUCGCGUCCCCUCUCUGCUUCUUGCCCGUCGCCGUCUCCUUCCGCCGCGCUGCUGCGGUUUCAGCCUUUGACGCUGAGCAUUGACAUCUCGUUUUGGCAGUCUCUGGGCGAGAAGAAGCUGCGUGAGUGGCGCCUGGAGACGCCGUGGAUCCCCGUGGUGGCCUUCGCGCUCUCGAAGCACUAUGCCGCGCGCAGCCCCGCGGCCUCCUUCUCCGUCUCGCACAAACCCAUCUCUUGCGCGUCUUCCGUGGCGGAGGGACGAGAAGACAAACGGCAGCGCAGUGGAGAGGCGGGUGCCGCCGCCUCCGCGCCCUUCGCGGCGUCGCCCGCGCUCUUUAGGCUCGAUGGAAGCGCCUUCGAUCUCACGCAGAUCGCGGCGCCCACCCCGUCGUCCGCCUCUCUCCCCUUCACGGGCCAAGUUCCUCUGCUGGGCUUUCUGUACAACUGUAACUCUCUCGAACAGUUCAAAUCGCUCAACCGCCGAGCCGCCAUCUCCCAAGUCCUACAGGCGCCUAUCGCGCCGCCUGCGGGAGACGCCUCCUCUUCAUCUUCGUUGCCAUCUUCAUCUUCGUUGCUCUCGUCGUCUUCGCUGCCCUCGUCGUCUUCGCCGCCCUCGUCGUCUUCACCGCCUUCGUUUUUUUUGUCGCCUUCGCCCGGAGGGGAAGGGCUCGCGCCUCAGCAGGGCGGAGACGCUUCGGCGCAGGCGGCGCCUUUGGGUCUCCUUCAGCUGCCGAUCUACGACGCGGCUUUCUGGGAAUGCUGUGCAUCCUCCAGUGCUUUCUGUCAUGCGACGCCAGCGGCUUCUUUGCCUCCCUCUGCCGCUGAGUCUUCGUCUGCUGCUGAGUCUUCGUCCGCCGCCUCGCCUCCGUCCCCCGCGUCUCCUGCGCCCGCAGGGUCGCGAACGCCGAGCGUGCCUGCGUGGCUGUGCCGCGCGCUGCCGCCUGUCGCGUUGGCGUGUCGUUUUCUCCUCGUCACGUUCAUCGAUCUGAAGAAUGUUCUCGCCCUCUACUCCGUCGCACUCCCCGUGGUGAGGCCAGGCGUCGACUUUGCGCUAUUCCGCUCCAGGCCGGCGAGCGUGCUGUCUCCAUCGCCCCUCGGCGCGAGGCGAGGAGGCGAGCCGCCGCACCAUGAGCUAGCGGACGACGGCGGGUUUGACAGACAGACACGAGGAGACGAAAGUGCGCGGGUUCGUUCUGCGCCUGCAGAGUCCGCAGACGCGAAGGAGAGGAAGUCCGCGGCAGCUGCGCCCGACGCCGAGGGCGAGCCGGCUCCGACAGCGGCGUGCCCCAAUGAAGCGGCGAGGACGACGGGCGGCGCCGUAGAGAGGAGGCCAGCAGAGCGGGCUUCGGUAGCGGAACGACGCGAGCGCGCGACUGGAGAGGACACGAGCGCGGAGGCGCGCGACGGAGACGCUGCUUUCUUCACUCUAGGGGAGAUGGCAGAUCUGUCGAGGCGCAUUUGCUCUCUCGACUCAGACGAAGCCUCGUGGCUGCGAGGCGGGGUGUUUCUGCUUCUGAAAAAGAAUAGAGAGAUGGCGCGAGACACUCCCGAAGGGGAGCAUGCAGCGGACACCCGCCAAGACAAGGGGGACGAGCAAGGAGAGCGCGAAAGAGGAGAGAGGGAUGAGGACGCGAAAACGAUGCGGUUUUUCCUCCUUCCGCUGGCUGGCCUCGAGUUUUUCUCUCCUCUAUUGCCCGGCGUCGGCGACUGCGAAGACACUCGGUCGUCUUCGUUCUUUCUGUCCUCUCUUCUCUUGUCGUCGCUCUCUGACUUCCUCUCCAACUCCUCUUUGCCGGCGUCGUUUUCCUCCGCGCACCCGCUCGCGCAAGUCGCUCAGCUGCGACAGUCGUAUCCGGGCUUGUAUUCACUCUACCUGUGCUACUUGGAUCCAAGUGGGUCCUGCGAUGCCCUCGGGUGGCCGCUGCGGAAUCUCCUGCUGCUUCUUUGUGUGCGUUUUUCUCUCUAUGACAAAGUCCUUUCCAUCUUGUCAUUCCGCGACAUGUUCCUUCAUCGCGCAUGCCCCCCGUCGGCUCCGCUGGCCUCUUCGCGCUGCGCCUCCGCGCCUGAGGGAGGCGGAAGCGCCGCAGGCGGCGCGGACGGCCUGCCUCCUUCUCUUUCUUAUCACGUCCCCUCUCCGCGCUCGGCUUCUUCAGCAACGCCGCUCGCGCAGCAGCGCUGCGCAGAGGCGGGCUCGCGUCUCGCGGAGUCGCGACAGAAGUCAGAGACUCGCUGCUCGCUCGCUUCCGCCGGACCCCAGUCUCUUCUGUUCCACGUCGCGCUUCCGCCGCGGGAUGCGUUCGUCGGCGCAGUCGCGGGCGCUUCCCCUCCUGCCGCGCCUCGCGCUUCUGCCACUCCCUCAUAUCCAGGCGAGCAAGAGCCCACGCGCGCAGAUCAAGCAAAGCCCGAUGGAGGAAGGCCUGUCCCUGCGGCGUCUUCUGCGAAAAUGAAGCGGCCGCCUCACCACGGCGGGCGCCCCACGGUCGUCUCGGGCUGGCUGCGCCACGUCGUUUCUCCUCCGUCUGAACCUGUUGCUGACGCCUCGCAAGUCCCGUCCGGCCGACAACCCGGUGCGCCUCCGGGCUCCGCUGCUCUCUCCCCCUCGUCUCGCGCGCUCUCGUCUUUGUCUUCUGCUUCUGAGAAUUCGUCUGCUUCUGGUUCGGAUGCUUCUGCGUUCGACUCCUCCGCGUCGCGCCUCUCCGCACCUUCGUCGUCGCCUUCCGCGGUGCCUGAGGGGCCCCCUGCGGUGGCGGCGGCAUCGACUGUGUUUGUGGUGGCGCUGCGGCGCUACCUGGACGGCAAGUCCGUCCAGCGCAACGCGGUAGACUUGAAUGUCCAGCUGAUUCGCUGGCGGCUGCUGCCUGCUUUCGAGCCGCGACGCAUCCAAGAUCUCCGCGUGUUGCUCCUGGGCGCAGGCACGCUGGGCUGCGGCGUCGCACGCCUCCUCGUCGCCUGGGGAGUCAGGCACUUCACCUUCGUGGACUCGAGCUGCGUCGCGCUCUCGAAUCCUGCACGACAGUCUCUGUAUACCUACGAGGACGCCGUGCCGCAGGAAGCGUUCAGCGAGAAGGCCGCCGGCGGGUUGGCUGCCGGCGGAGUGAAAAAAGUCGAGGCUGCCUGCAGGCGCCUCCUCGCCAUCCGCCCAGACCUGCACUGCCGCGGCGUCGACCUCGAGAUCCCGAUGCCAGGGCAUCCGCGCUUCGCAGAGGCGCCUCCGCCUGGCGGCCGCAGUCUCGAAGAUGCGCACGGCCUCUUGGCUGCGCUGAUCGAGGCGCACGACGUCGUCUUCAUGCUGACCGACUCGAAGGAGUCGCGCUGGCUGCCCUCACUCAUCGUCGCCGAAAAGUCUCUGGCGGCGCCAGCGAGGUCGCACGCCCCUCUGGGCUUCGCUGUAGGUCUAGGGUUCGACGCCAUGGUGGUCAUGCGGCAAGGCUACGGCGGAAACGAGCUCGGUUGCUACUUCUGCAACGCUGUGAGUGCGCCUGCGGACUCUCUUAGCAACCGCACGCUUGACCAGCAGUGCACGGUGACUCGCCCCGGAGUUGGCAGCUUCGCAUGCAGCGUCGCCGUCGAGCUCCUGGCCGCCCUCACCCAGCACCCGCGAGGCUUCGCGGCGCCGCACAUUCCAGAAGAUCCCCUCGCGCUGGGUCACCACUCGUCGCACACGGCCUCGCCGGGGGGCGGUCAGGCCUCCGCCGCCUCUAGGCGUGAAGGCGACGCCGGCACGCGCCGAAGGAACGAACCCGAGAGCGAAGGCUUCUCCUGCAUGGGCGCCACGCCCCACACUGUCCGCGGAUACUUUUCCAGCUUUCGCACGCUGUCCAUGGCGUCGGAGCGAAAUCCACAGUGCGUCUGCUGCUCGGAUGGCAUUCUAGCCAAAUACCGCCAAGACGGGGUUCGGUUUCUGAGAGAGGUUGUGAUCAACUCGUCGCUCCUCGAAAAGUACUCUGGGCUUGAAGAGCUGCAACGCCAAAUGGAGGACAAGGGAGAGGACGCGGACGUCAUCUGUUUGAGCGAUGAAGAAGACGAAGAAAGAGAAACGCCACAUGACGCAGACACGAGCGGUGGAGAGGGCAGCCUCACGGCGGGCCUGCAUCGCGAGUAG